ACCGGCAUCCCCGCUGGGGAGUGUAACACAGGCUCUAUCCAGUGUUGCGACCAGGUCCAGGACUCGAAGUCGGAGCACAUGAGCAACAUCAUCUCGUCGCUGGGGAUUCUCCCGGAGAGUGCCACCGGCCUGGCGGGCACGUCGUGCUCACCCAUCAACAUCCUUGCGCUUGGAGGCGGUGAGAGCUGUGACCAGACCCCGGUUUGUUGCAACAACAACACUUACCAGGGCCUGAUCAACAUCGGCUGUGUGCCGAUCAUCCUCAAGCUUUGA